UUAAAAUAUACAUUUUAAAAACUAGUUAAAUAUAAUAGAACAAAGAUGACAAAUACAGCAUUUGAUGUUUUCUUAUUGGAACUUGAUACUUUGAAGGAUUUUUCAUCUUCUAUAUUAUUCCCUUCUAUUAAUUCAUCAUUAACUUCAGAGAACGGAUCCGGUGAAGAAGAUACGAAUGAGAUAUUCUGGUGUAAUAAAGCGGAAAAAUUAGCUACAUUAGAGCAAAAAAUACAUGAAUAUCAAUCAAAUAAAAUAUUAAAAAAUAUUGAAAAAAUAUUAGAUAAACUUCAAUAUCAAAUACAUCAAAUAUUACAAAUAAAUUUUUUAGAAAAUAAAAAUACAAAAAAAUAAAAAUAUUAUGAUUAUAAAUAAAAAAUCAAUAAAUUAAGCUC